CUCUGUUGUCGGGACCGUAGCUUGCUGUGUGUAUCUGUCCGGAGAGGAGCGGUGCGGCUCUUUUGACUCUUUCUACUCCACUUCGACGUUGUUUCUCUCAGCAUGGACGUUGCCACAGCAACCGCGGAGCACGCCGGGGAGAUGGUGAAGGACGAGCUGGCUGAGAAAUGCCAGAAGUUGUUCCAGGCCUUCUUGGAGGAGUACCAGACCGGGGAUGGAGAGGUGAAGUAUGUCCGGGAGGCCGAGGAGCUGAUCCGGCCCGAGAGGAACACCCUGGCGGUGAGCUUCACGGACCUGGAGGGCUUCAACCAGGAGCUGGCCACCACCAUCCAGGAGGAGUACUACAGAGUUUACCCCUUCCUCUGUCGGGCCGUGCGCAACUUCGCUCGGGACCAUGGGAACGUCCCCCUCAACAAGGAGUUCUACGUGGCCCUGGAGGAGCUGCCCACCAGACACAAGAUCCGUGAGCUGUCCUCCAUGCGGAUCGGCACCCUGGUGAGGAUCAGCGGUCAGGUGGUGAGGACGCACCCUGUCCACCCUGAGCUGGUGAGCGGCACCUUCCUGUGCAUGGACUGCCAGGCGCUGAUCAAAGACGUCCCCCAGCAGUUCAAAUACUCGCCGCCGACCAUCUGCAGGAACCCCGUCUGCAACAACCGCUCCCGCUUCCACCUCGACACGCACAAGUCCAAGUUCAUCGACUUCCAGAAGGUCCGUAUCCAGGAGACUCAGGCGGAGCUGCCUCGGGGUUCCAUCCCGCGCUCCCUGGAGAUCGUCCUGCGGGCCGAGGCCGUGGAGAUGGCUCAGGCCGGAGACCGCUGCGACUUCACCGGGACCCUCAUCGUGGUGCCGGACGUCUCUCAGCUCAGCACCCCAGGUGUGCGAGCAGAGACCAGCACCCGCAUAGCUGGAGGUCGCCAGGGCUUUGAGACCGACGGUUUGAGAGGACUGAAGGCUCUGGGAGUCCGAGAGCUGUCCUACAGGCUGGCCUUCCUGGCCUGCAACGUGGCCCCGACCAACCCACGAUUUGGUGGAAAGGAGCUGCGGGACGAGGAGCAGACGGCGGAAAGCAUCAAGAGCCAGAUGACCGAGAAGGAGUGGGAGAAGGUGUUCGAGAUGAGCCAGGACAAGAACUUGUACCACAACCUGUGCACCAGCCUCUUCCCCACCAUCCACGGCAAUGACGAGGUGAAGCGUGGCAUCCUGCUGAUGCUGUUCGGAGGCGUGGCCAAGAAGACCAUGGAGGGCAUCGCGCUGAGAGGAGACGUCAACGUCUGCGUCGUCGGAGACCCGAGUACGGCCAAGAGCCAGUUCCUCAAGCACGUAGAGGAGUUCAGUCCCAGAGCCGUGUACACCAGCGGUAAGGGCAGCACCGCUGCGGGUCUGACGGCCGCGGUGGUCCGAGACGAGGAUACCAACGAGUUCGUCAUCGAGGCCGGAGCUCUGAUGCUGGCCGACAACGGCGUGUGCUGCAUCGACGAGUUCGACAAGAUGGACCUCAAGGACCAGGUGGCCAUCCACGAAGCCAUGGAGCAGCAGACCAUCAGCAUCACCAAGGCCGGAGUCAAGGCCACCCUGAAUGCCCGCACCUCCAUCCUGGCGGCCGCCAACCCCGUCGGAGGACGCUACGACCGCAGCAAGAGCCUGAAGCAGAACGUCAACCUCUCCGCCCCCAUCAUGAGCCGCUUCGACCUCUUCUUCAUCCUGGUGGACGACUGCAACGAGGUGACGGACUACGCCAUCGCCAGGCGCAUCGUGGACCUGCACUGCCGCGGAGAUGAGUCCGUGGACCGGCUGUACUCGCUGGACGAGAUGCGCAGAUACCUGCUCUUCGCAAGGCAGUUCAAACCCAAGAUCUCCGGUGAAUCGAAAGAGUUCAUCGUCGAGCAGUACAAGCGCCUCCGCCAGCGCGACAGCUCCGGGGGCGUGACCAAGUCGGCCUGGAGGAUCACGGUGCGGCAGCUGGAGAGCAUGAUCCGCCUCUCGGAGGGCAUGGCGCGCAUGCACUGCUGCGACGAGGUGCAGCCCAAACACGUGAAGGAAGCCUUCCGCCUCCUGAACAAAUCCAUCAUCCGGGUGGAGACGCCCGACAUCAACCUGGAGCAGGACGACGACCUGGAGGAGGAGGAGCAGCAGCAGCAGGAGGCAGGCGCUGUCCCUACCGGAGUGAACGGCCAUGCGGAUGGCGUCAACGGGCACGCCGGAAACGGAAUUACCGGCCCCGCUGUCGACGGCGUGAGCGGACACGCCCAGUCCGGCGGCCAGGCCAAGCCGGCCCUGCGCCUCUCCUUCCCGGAGUACAGGCGCAUCUCCAACCUGCUGGUGCUGCACCUGCGGCGGGCCGAGGAAGCUGAGGAGGAGGACGAGCUGAAAAGCGCGGUGGUCAACUGGUACCUGAAGGAGAUCGAGUCGGACAUCGACUCUGAGGAGGAGCUGGUCAACAAGAAGGGUCUGAUAGAGAAGGUCCUCCACCGGCUGGUGCACUACGAUCACAUCCUCAUCGAGCUGACCCCGGCGGUGCUGAAGGGCUCGCAACCCGCGAUGACAGAAGCAGAAGAAGAAGUGGUUCUGGUCGUGAACCCCAACUACACGCUGGAGGACUAAACUCCUCGGAAACCUUCGCCAAUGAAGUUGAUGUUCAAGUUGUUUUUGAAAGCGUAAAUGUAAUGCAUACCGAUUGGUAACAUUUGAGAUGUUAUUGGACUUGUUUUGACCUGUACAGAAGAUUCUGGAGCUCUUAGAGAUAAAACAAAACAUGAAUCUGUUACUCAACCUGACUUUUGUAAAUAUGCUGCUCUCUCCAGUUGUUUGCUUGUGUACACGUUAUCUUGUAUGUCUUUUUGUAAAAAUGAUGAUGAAACUUUAAAGGUUUAAUAAAUAAAAUGUUGGCAAUAGACACAAAACCG